AUGUACGGCGAGCAGGGUUUCAAACUCGCCUUGGACGCGAAACGAACUCAGAAUCUUGCGCACCUGCCACCAUACGCCGCAAUUGUGGUCCGAGAAGCCUGCAAAGAAGUUCGCGAUCUGGACCGUGACACCAACACUUUGCUCGCCACAUACAACACCGGCAGCACUCAGUCCAGCGAUGGCACUCAGAUCAAGUCCUCCUUCAAUCCUGCCGAUGACCCAGCCACAGCAUGUGCGCUCCUGGUGAACCAUCUGUCGAUGCGUCGCAACAAACGCUGCCUCAUGGCUUACCACAAGACCCGAAUCGACAGACUGGAGCAACUGGCGUGGGAAGGGAAGGACGUCCUUGAACAAGCUUCUGCUGGCUCGUCUCAGGCUGCUGGAUCGAAUGGCGCGACGAGCAGCUUGAGUGCUGAGGAGGAGCAGUACGCUCAUCAAUAUAGCGACCUUCUUGCCGCGUACAAGGGACAAUGGACCGACAUUGAUUUGACUGGAAGUUUGGAACCUCCGAAGGACAUCUUCAUUGAUGUCAGAGUGCUCAAAGAUGCUGGCGAGAUUCAGACCGAGUAUGGAUCCAUCACUUUGACCAAGAAUAGCCAAUUCUACGUCCGCCAAGGAGAUGUCGAGAAGCUGAUUCAACAAGGUUACUUGCAGAAGCUAGGUUGA